ACAACACACAACCCAACACACACAAACACAACCCAACACACACACACGCACGUCUCUGACAUCAACAACAACAUUAACAACAACAUCAACAACAACAACAUCAACAACAACAUCAACAACAUCGGAGGCCGCGUUCACCAUCGCCGCGUGUGCACGAAUUGCGGCGCUCAUUCACAGAGUGGGGGGGUGGGAGUCAUGGACGAGGAGACGAUCAUCACCCUCAUCAGGGACGAGUGCGACGUGGCGGGCACGGGCUACGUGGGUCUGGAGGCUCUAUGCCGCGCGCUCCGAGCGUGGCUGCCCGACCUGGAGCCUGCCAAGCUGGCCCUGCUGCUCGCCCUGUCGGCGCGGGAUGGCACCAUCUCCUACCGUGACUUCGUGCACCUGCUGCACACGCGACGCUCCAGCAGCUUCAUGCGUGCGGUGACCGUUGGGCGCCGCCGCCGCCGCCGCCGCCGCCGCCCGCGGCGCGCCGCUCGCCGCCUGCUGCUGCCGCUGCUGGCGGCCGCCACGCUCGUGGUGCCGGCCCGGCGGGCACGCUUCGUCGCCUCCUACUCCUGCCGCCCGCCGGCCCUCGCCAUGCUCGCCCUCAGCGUCACGCAGGUGUGCGUGUACGCGUACUGCGCGAUGCGUCUCCACGCGUGGCUCCUCCAGACGGCGAACCCCGACUACCUCCUCCUGCCGCUCGUCUACAGCCCCCAGCAUCGACAGCAGCUCUGGAGGCUGCUCACUUACGCGCUGGUGCACUCUGGGCUGGCACACGUGGCCUUCAACGUGUCGCUGCAGCUGCUGCUGGGGGUGCCGCUGGAGAUGGCGCACGGCACGGUGCCUGUGCUGGCGCUCUACCUGGCCGGGGUGCUUGCAGGUUCCCUAGUGUCGUCCGUCAUCGACAUGUCUGCGCCGCUGGUGGGAGCGUCCGGGGGAGUGUACGCUCUGCUGUCCGCACACUUCACCAAUGUCGUGCUGCACUGGUCGGAUGUUUCCUGCACCGCCAAACCUUUGUUCCUCGCCAUUGCCGUGCUGGGCAUGAGUGCUGAGGUUGGCCGCGCCGUGUGGUGCCGCUUCUCGGCCGCCGUGCCCCCCCAGCCGGGCUUCGCCGGCCACGUGGCCGGCUCGCUGCUGGGCAUCACGCUGGGCGCAGCGGCGCUGGGCGGCGGCGCCCGCCGGUGCCCCCUCCUCCCCUGCCUCCACCGGCGCCGGCACCGGCGCCACCGCAACCCGGACGAGGGCGACGAGGAGGAGGAGGACGACGAGGAGGACGACGAAGCGGAGGACGAGGUGGACGACAACGGAGCUCGGCCAUUCGCGGGUGACCACGAGACUGCCGUGCGCGCCGUAGCCGCGCUGCUCGCGACGACGACGCUGCUGCUGCUGCUGCCGCCGCGGGAGAACGCACGCGGCGCCGUUCUCGUCCUCCGUCUCGUCUCCCCCGUGUGA